UUUAUUUUUUGUAACCAUUUUGCAAUCAUUGACUGGGGUUCUGUCAACUAGACUAUAAGAAAACAGAUUAAUAAAAAGAAAAUAGAAUAUAUUCAUGAUCCAUAUACUUGGGAGUAUGCAUGCGUGUGCAUGCUUGUAUGUACUCUUGUGCACAUGUAUGUACAAUAUGCAUACAUGCAUGUGUAUCUGUAUAUAGGGACUGGAGGACAGCCUUGGCUACCCUUCUCAGGAAUGCUGUCCAUCUCCUUUGAGAUAGGAUCCCUCAUUGAGGAGGAGCUCACCCAUCAGACAAGACUGGCUAGCCAAUAAACCAAGGAGGUCCUCCUGGUGCUCUAUGAGGAGACUGCACCAGUAUACCUAGCGCUUAUAGUGUAUCUUAGCAGAGCCAUUCAUGUGUGGAGAAGAGGCCAAGGACAAGGGUGAUGAGUUUCCAGGGGCACAAUUAUGAGAAGGCAUAUGUAUUUAAGGGACCUAUUGGGAGACAAGCACUAGGUAGUAGGAAUUGUACAUCAAUUCCUCCAGGUUCCUAAAAGUUAUAAUAACUAACUUGUGCCUUUCCUCAUGUAGACAGGAAAUGAGGACUCCUUUAUAAGAGGAGUGUUUUCAAAUGGAAGGGGCCACAGAGUUCUUACAACAGCUUCUUCUCGCUUGCUUUUAGUUCAAUCUUUUGUCAUAUUUGGGUGACAUGUUCUACUGCUCUUCAGGUUCAUCACCCCAGAGCCCAAUGCAUCUGCUGCUGUAGGGAAUAGGCUGCUGGGUAUGGGUGCAGGGAGGCUUCGGAGAUGGAGGCAGUAAAGAAAGACAGUCCUGACAGCCAGCUGUUGAGCUCGAGAGGCCCUAAUAUCUGCAGGUACCUCUGAUCUAUUGCUAUUACCAACAACAGAGCAAACUUUCUUUCUCUAGUUUCCGCCUUGCACUCUUUCAGAUAUCCUGCUUUUGCCAUUUUUCUUCUCUUUAAUACCACUCUGUUUUGUUUUGUUUUUCAAGGCAGGGUUUCUCUGUGCAGCCCUGCAUGUCCUGGAACUUGCUCUGUAGAUCAGGAUGGCUUCAACUCAGAGAUCUACCUGCCUCCUGAGUGCUGGGAUUACAGGUGUAUGCCACCACUGACUGGCUUCAAUGCCAUUCUUGAUGCUUAUUUAUACAAAUGUCUCCUGGUUGGAGAAGUUGACAAUGAGGAAGAAAGCUCACAUUGAGUUCCCUAAAGGUCAGUCUUAGGUGGUGAUGCCUAAUAUUUAUUCACAGCAGCCAGUUAGUGCAAGCUGUGCAGUAUCUUUGCAGGAAUAGUCUCAUCCCAUCUUCCCAAGAGUCUCUAAAACAGAGUUGAUCACUCUUCCCACUUUAAACUGAAGACAAGCUGAGAGAGCUGGUUAGCAUGCUCAAUGUCAUGAAGCUAGGAAGUGAAGCAAGGACUUGGACACAGGUCAUGGAAUGCUGAAUUCUUCCAGUUUCUUCAGUUGCUCCUACCCAUUCCCCUCCACAGAUGGAUGGUCUGCCAUUCUCACUAGCCCUGGCCUCCCGUGAUCAACCAUAUCUUACAGAGCGCAGAGAGUAGAGCACUGUGUCAUGGUUCCUCUCUCUGCAAACUGUUCCGAGAACUGGUGUUCACUUUCCCUCAAAUUGUCCAUGUCAUCUUAUUCCUUCCAACUCCAUGGUUUGCUCUUUGUUUCAGGCCUUUGUGGGUAGUCCAGGGUGAUGGUCAUCUUGGUAUCUUGCUUUUCAAAAAUCAUCAAAGCACCCCAAAAACUAGAGGAUAAAAUGUAGACACCCUGCCACACUUUUGUUUUUACUCACAGUGAUUGUGAACAUCAAAAUAUUCACACUUUGUUCUUGCUCACUGCCACAUCCAAAUUCCACUUACAUCCUCUCCAGUGGGUUUCCUCAUAGAUGAUAUACAUAUAUACCUACAUACAUACUUGUGUAUGUGUAUGUGUCCUCAAUUAUUCACCAUCACUCUAUUUGUAUGUAUGCAUCUAUAUCUCUCUAUCUCUCUAUCUAUCUAUUGAUCUAUAUCUAUUAUUUAUCUGUCCACCAACUAUGUAUGUCAUAUGUCACUUAACUGUCUGCCUGCUGUCCAUCCAUCUAGCCAUCCAUCCAUCUGUCCGUCAUCUACGUAAACCAUUUAAAGUGCAUUUUGUGGUUAACUUUGCCAUACAUACUUUGGGCAAAACAGACAAAUACAAUUUAGACACUAACUCAUAUAUAUGCAUUGUUUCUCAAGGGUACUGGUGAGGUUCAGACUUCCUUCUAGAAAGUUCUCCUUAUUCUCCUCCAUGGAUGGAGAUAUUGCUUUUCUCACUAGCCCUGACCUGAAGAAUCAUUCAUGUCUCAUAACUUUGGGUUUUAGUGUAACAUAACAAACCAGAGCCCGGGGGUAUUGGCAUAUCCCAGAACCCCAAGUCUAAAUUAGACUCAAGUAUAUCACUCUUUGUCAUUUGUAGCUCAAUGAUCUUUUUAUGCAGGUGGCUUAAAAUCUGAAUCUAUCUUCCUGAUUCUAGAAAAUGCUUCCAAUUGUACAUCUUGACUAUAAUGGUUAAACUUACUUUUCUGUAUUACCUUUGAAGCUAUUUAGCAUAGUGGUUAGGACUAUACCCUGUGGGUCUGUGAGUCAUAGGCUCAAACCCUAUCUGUGCCCUUUACUUGUGUGACCUUAGAUGAGUUAACUCUCAAAAGCUCCUUUUCCCUGUCUGGGAAAGAGACACUAGGGUCCGGCCUCUAUGCUCUUGGGAAGUAUCUUGUGCUGCUGAACUCACCACCAUAAUGAACUCAGAUCAAGCUUUCCCAGUAGCCUGUGUGUGCGAAGGGCAGCGUUUCUCAACUGCAAUUGCUUAGGGCAGAAAAGGGGAAAGAAAGAACUUGGAGGUAGAAGAGUGUUGAGAGGGGAGUGCAGGUGGGUUCCUUUAUCCUCCUAUCACGUGUUGGGGGAGGGCAUACUUGGCCUCAUAUGGGGUUGGGGGCAACCUUUAGGAGCCUCUCUUUCCAUGGAUUUGUCCUAGUGCUUGAAUAGGAAACAGUUCUGUCAUCCUGCCAGUGUCCAGGUUACAGUUUUAAUCAGGCUCUCCCUGGCUGAUUGAGAGGAUUACAACCAACACCUGUCCCAGCACCCCAUUCCAGCCUUCUAUGCCAUCUUUCUCAGCCUCUUCUAUAAGCCUCUCAUCUCAGGUUCUAGUCCCAUCCCGCCCUCUCAGCUUCCCAUCCCAGGCCAUGCUAGCUCUCCUAUCCCAGUGUCCUAUCUCCCUUUCUCUGCUCAGCUUUCUAGCUCAGGUGCAGGAUGUUUGAAUGAACAUCGUUCCUAGCCUCAUUUUAGCGGUCCCAGAACCAUUCCUACUUCCGUUCCCAGCUAGGUACUGCCCGCCACACAUCUCUACCUUCACCAUCACCAAAGGUUGGUCACGGAAGUCCAGCGAGAGGGAGCAGGCUCUGGUAUUCCGCUGCUUUCCUGUUAGUCGCGGUGCAUCGGCCCGGGCCUCGCAAGGGUUAAGAGGAGAGCUUUGGGCUGACGUCGUCGCUCUGGCCGAAGGCGCCACUCCAGUCACUCCAGGCAGCGCAGCAGUGGGAACGAUGGAGCUGGACCGAUGGGCACAGUUGGGGCUCGCGUUCCUGCAGCUCCUUCUCAUCUCAUCAUUGCCAAGAGAAUACACGGUCAUUAACGAAGCCUGCCCCGGAGCUGAGUGGAACAUCAUGUGUAGAGAGUGUUGUGAAUAUGAUCAGAUUGAGUGCAUCUGCCCAGGAAAGAAGGAAGUGGUGGGUUAUACCAUCCCAUGCUGCAGGAACGAGGAUAACGAAUGCGACUCCUGUCUAAUUCACCCAGGUUGUACCAUCUUUGAAAACUGCAAGAGCUGCCGGAAUGGCUCGUGGGGCGGAACUCUGGACGACUUCUACGUGAAGGGAUUCUACUGUGCAGAGUGCAGAGCAGGCUGGUACGGAGGGGACUGUAUGCGAUGUGGCCAGGUUCUUCGAGCUUCGAAGGGUCAGAUCUUGUUGGAGAGCUAUCCCUUAAAUGCUCACUGUGAAUGGACCAUUCAUGCCAGACCUGGGUUUAUCAUCCAGCUGAGGUUUAGCAUGUUGAGCCUGGAGUUUGACUACAUGUGCCAAUAUGACUAUGUUGAGGUCCGUGAUGGGGAUAACAGCGACAGCCCUCUUAUCAAGCGUCUCUGUGGCAACGAGAGGCCAGCUCCCAUCAGGAGCACUGGCUCUUCACUCCAUGUCCUUUUCCAUUCUGAUGGCUCCAAGAACUUCGAUGGCUUCCACGCUGCCUUUGAGGAGAUCACAGCGUGUUCCUCAUCGCCUUGUUUUCAUGAUGGUACAUGCAUCCUUGACACCACUGGGUCUUUCAAGUGUGCCUGUCUGGCUGGCUACACUGGGCCCCGCUGUGAAAACCUUCUUGAAGAAAGAAACUGCUCAGACCUUGGGGGCCCAGUCAAUGGGUACAAGAAAAUCACAGGAGGUCCUGGACUUCUCAAUGAGCGCCACGUAAAAAUUGGCACGGUUGUGUCUUUCUUUUGUAAUGGCUCAUACGUUCUGAGUGGCAACGAGAAAAGAACUUGCCAGCAGAACGGAGAGUGGUCAGGAAAACAGCCUGUCUGCAUGAAAGCCUGCCGGGAACCGAAGAUCUCAGACCUGGUGAGGAGGAGAGUCCUUUCAAUGCAGGUUCAAUCAAGGGAGACACCAUUACACCAGCUUUAUUCCACGGCUUUCAGCAAGCAGAAACUGCAGGAUGCCUCUACCAAAAAGCCAGCCCUUCCAUUUGGAGACCUACCCCCUGGAUACCAACAUUUGCACACCCAGGUCCAGUAUGAGUGCAUCUCGCCCUUCUACCACCGCCUGGGAAGCAGCAGGAGGACAUGCCUGAGAACUGGGAAGUGGAGUGGGCGGGCCCCGUCCUGUAUCCCAAUCUGUGGAAAAAUCGAGAGCGUUGCUUCUCCAAAGACUCAAGGGACCCGCUGGCCAUGGCAGGCAGCCAUCUACCGGAGGACCAGUGGUGUACAUGACGGUGGUCUGCACAAAGGUGCAUGGUUCUUGGUCUGCAGUGGUGCCCUGGUGAAUGAGCGUACUGUGGUUGUGGCUGCCCACUGUGUAACAGAGCUGGGGAAGGUCACCAUCAUCAAGACAGCAGACCUCAAGGUUGUCUUGGGAAAAUUCUACAGGGAUGAUGAUCGAGAUGAGAAGACCAUCCAGAAUUUACGGAUUUCUGCUAUCAUUCUGCACCCCAACUAUGACCCUAUCCUGCUUGACACUGACAUCGCCGUUCUGAAGCUCCUAGACAAGGCCCGCAUCAGUACCCGUGUCCAACCCAUCUGCCUGGCUACCACUCGGGACCUCAGCGCCUCUUUUGAGGAGUCUCACAUCACUGUGGCUGGCUGGAACAUCCUGGCAGAUGUAAGGAGCCCUGGCUUUAAGAAUGACACCCUACAUUAUGGGAUGGUCAAGGUGGUAGACUCAAUGCUUUGUGAGGAACAACACGAAGACCAUGGCAUUCCAGUUAGUGUCACUGACAAUAUGUUCUGUGCCAACAAGGACCCCAGUACCCCUUCUAACAUCUGCACUGCUGAGACAGGGGGCAUCGCUGCUUUAUCCUUCCCAGGCCGAGCAUCCUCUGAGCCACGUUGGCAUUUGGUGGGGCUGGUCAGCUGGAGCUAUGACAAGACAUGUAGCAACAGCCUAUCCACAGCCUUCACAAAGGUGUUGCCUUUCAAAGACUGGAUUGAGAGAAACAUGAAGUGAACCAGCCACAAGGCCACCGAGAAGCUUUCUCCUAGCAUCCAUCUGUACAUAUAUGGUGUAUGGAACAGUGUGGACCUGAAGCGUAAUUUUGCCCAUGACCUUUGUUACUGAAAGGCUUCUGGUUUCAGGGUGUUAUCUCAAUAGAGAGUGAAUAGAGUUUACUUUCUGUCAGGGAACUGUCUUCCUGGCUGCUUGGGAAUCAUCUAAAAGAUGCCAGAUUUUGCAAGAACUGUGUUUCUUCAAAGAAGACCAUGUGAAUAGAAUGAGAGCCUCCUUCUCCUUCUCCACUCCAAGCGAUGUGACUGUCAAUCAGUUUGGGUUGAGAAGGUUGACUUGAGGAGGCCUGGGCUGCACCUGCUUUCAGUCAAAGUUCCAAAGAACAGCUUGUAUGACAGCCCAGGAGAAGGAGGACCUUGGAUGUGACACAUGCUCCUGUGAACAUUGUCUCAAGAUUUUCUGAUUCUUUUCCUUUCCAAUCUUCUGUAUACAUUUCAAUAAAACAAGGUCUGGCUCCUGACCUACAAAACAAAAA